AUGGUCCGCUUGUCGGUUGCGGGGGUUUCGAUGGAUAGUUGUUACACAGCUGCAACGGCAUCGUCAUCGUCAUCGUCGUCGUCGUCGUCGUCAACGUGGACGACCUUUGCCGAAAUGCAGCCACUCCACGGAUGUGCGGAAAAAGACAGAAAAAAGACUGAAGAAAAACAGGAGAAAGACAAAAGAAAGACAGAAGAAAGACAGAAGAAAGACAGAAGAAAGACAGAAGAAAAACAGAAGAAGAACAGGAGAAAGACAGAAGAAAGACAGAAGAAAAAAGACAGAAAAAAGACAGAAGAAAGAGAGAAGAAAGACAAAAGAAAGACAGAAGAAAGACAGAAGAAAGACAGAAGAAAGACAGAAGAAAGACAGAAGAAAGACAUAAGAAAGACAGAAGAAAAACAGAAGAAAAACAGAAGAAAGACAGAAGAAAGACAGAAGAAAAACAGAAGAAUGACAGAAGAAAGACAGAAGAAAGACAGAAGAAAGACAGAAGAAAGACAGAAGAAAGACAGAAGAAAGACAGAAGAAAGACAGAAGAAAGCAGAAGACAGACAGAAGAAAUACAGAAGAAAGGCAGAAAAAAUACAGAAAAAAGACAGAAGAGAGACAGAAGAAAUACAGAAGAAAGACAGAAGAAAGACAGAAGAAAGACAGAAGAAAGACAAAAGAAAGACAGAAGAAAGACAGAAGAAAGACAGAAGAAAGACAGAAGAAAGACAGAAGAAAGACAGAAGAAAGACAGAAGAAAGACAGAAGAAAGACAGAAGAAAGACAGAAGAAAGACAGAAGAAAGACAGAAGAAAGACAGAAGAAAGACAGAAGAAAGACAGAAGAAAGACAAAAGAAAGACAGAAGAAAGACAGAAGAAAGACAGAAGUAAGACAGAAGAAUGACAGAAGAAAAACAGAAGAAGACAGAAGAAAGGCAGAAAAAAGACAGAAGAAAGGCAGAAAAAAUACAGAAAAAAGACAGAAGAAAGACAGAAGAAAGACAGAAGAAAGACAGAAGAAAGACAGAAGAAAGACAGAAGAAAGACAGAAGAAAGACAGAAGAAAGACAGAAGAAAGACAGAAGAAAGACAGAAGAAAGACAGAAGAAAGACAGAAGAAAGACAGAAGAAAGACAGAAGAAAAACAGAAGAAAGACAGAAGAAAGACAGAAGAAAGACAGAAGAAAGACAGAAGAAAGACAGAAGAAAGACAGAAGAAAGACAGAAGAAAGACAGAAGAAAGACAGAAGAAAGACAGAAGAAAGACAGAAGAAAGACAGAAGAAAGACAGAAAAAAGACAGAAGAAAGACAGAAGGAAGACAGAAGAAAGACAGAAGAAAGACAGAAGAAAGACAGAAGAAAAACAGAAGAAAGACAGAAGAAAGACAGAGACAGAAGACAGAAGACAGAAGACAGAAGACAGAAGACAGAAGACAGAAGACAGAAGACAGAA